CGAAACAGUCAAAAGAAAAUCAAAAAAUAUAUGAAACCUCAACUAGUUUGCACAGAUUUGUCUAAGUUUCUAACUAUUUUGCUCACUUUUGAAUUCGGUUUCUGCUAAAAAGUGUUAUCAAAAAUUCAAGUCACAGCGGUUGUUUCGCGAACGUCUUACAACACUACGCAGGGACGCAUACCGAUAACAUCCUUUGAGCGCGCGACUGUCGACAAACGUUCACUUGUCACCGAAAUUUUUCGGAAUCAGCCUUUUUGCCUGAAUUUUCUAGAAGGAGUGCGAACAGCGGUAGUGAAAAUGAUUUAUUGUGUGCUGUGCCGUAGUGCCGAGGACGAUGAUCUCGCCCUGGGAACCAUCCACAAGGAGGGCUCCUUUAUGGUGCACCGCAAUUGCUUGUAUUUGAGCUCGAAUCUCGUCCAGCGCGGCAGCGAGGACGCCGGCAUACUGCGCUUCCUCAGGGAUGACAUCCUCGCGGAGGUUUGUCGCACUCGCUCUCUAAAUUGCUACUACUGUCAUCGCCCGGGCGCGAAUAUCGGUUGCUGCAAGUCGGGCUGUCGCCGCACCUUCCACACCAAGUGCGGCGUAGACAAUCUUGCGCAGAAUCAGUUCCGCGACACUUACAAAUCCUACUGCCACCAGCACGUUCGCUCGUAUCGGUGGCGUCCGUCCUCGGAUGAGAAUUGCGUGAUCUGCGCCGAACUGGUGAUUGCCGAGGGAAGCCGCUUCUGUGCGGUCAGGGUGCUGCAGUCGCCGUGCUGCCGCAAUGGCUGGUACCAUCGCAAGUGUCUGCAGAAAUAUGCCAAUAGUGCAGGCUACUUCUUCAAAUGCCCGCUGUGCAACAAUUCGACAACCUUCCAUGAUGUGGCCCUGUGGGGCAUCUCCGUACCAAAUCAGGACGCCAGCUGGGAAACCGAACCGAACGCCUUCGUCGAGCAUAUCAUUCUCGAAGACAGCUGCACGGCCCUCCGUUGCCUUGGCCUCUCCGGCAGAAUUUCCAGUAGCUCCAAUCUGCUGUACUGCAACCUAUGCGGCUCCAAUCCGGUGCACGCCUUCUGCACUGUUAUGCCCGAAGGCAGAUACGUGUGUAUUGUCUGCGCGGUGAUCACGCCAACCAAUCACCGAUCAAACGAAUCCGACGAGGAGUCGAGCAGCUCCGAUUAUAGCGUAGUUUCCGAAGGACGCCAGGCCACUCGUCCAACCGAGGAUGUUAACAACACAACCGAUCUCUUCCAUUCGAAGCUGCAGGCUGCCGAAAGCGAUGACAGCGAUACCGAGGAUGACGAGGAUGUCUUUCAGCGGGCCAUUGAGAGCAAGGAGAACCAAUCGCAAACAGUUCCGGUCGAGGAGAAGCCCACCACAUCGGCGGCUGCGGAGGUCACGGCUGCGGCCUCGCCAAAGACUGAGUCGAGCCCAUGUACACCACCAAUUCUGCGCCGUGGAACUCGCCGUACGCAGUUCAUUUCCUCAGCCAGCACUGACAAUAACUCGCCAGCACCUAGACGCCAAACACGCAGAUCUUCAAGACAGGGGGCGGUGAACAACCAGGAGAACAAUGAGCCCGCCAAGGAGGCAACCAGCAACAGCCCGGCUAACAAUCCGUUCGGGCGAGUUCCUAGGCGCUCGAGAUUCACAGUACCGCCAACAUGGUACACUUCGCCGACUCCAAGGGGUUCAGGAAACGGUGCAAACACGGAGAACAGGGAGGCCAACAAGGAAAUAGACAAGGAGCCUGAGGCGAAGAAGCGCCACGUGUCGCCCUCGACAUUGUCGCAGCCAGGAAGGAGGCGCUACUUGAGCUCCAUGACUCCGGGGUCGGCUAACUCUCGUUCUGGCGGGAACAACAACUCGGAGGGCCGUAUGACCUUGCGCCGCAGCACCAUGCAUAGUACAAAUCGCGGCAAUCUGGACGUGUCCUGCGUGGCCAAUAGAACACGCAACCGACUGUCAGCCCACCUGGCCAGCGCCCACAAGGAUUAGGAGAUCGCUAUAAGUGUAGUUUUAAUAUUAUGUACAGCAAAAACCGACUAGGCUGCGCUUCCAAGUGCGUGCGCUUGAAUCGCAGCCGUCCUAAACUAUUAUUAACACGUCAAGCAUGUCAUCACAAUUCACAUCUGCCAUUGUACAUCUAAUUCAUUAAAACCCCGAUCUCCUUACUAAAACAACUAACCACUUUUGAAUCACUCUAAUAUUGUCUUAAUAAUCAACUAACAACUCUUAAAGAAGCUUAAUAUUUUUUUAAAAAUCAUCUUGUUGAAUAGAAGUACCACAUUAGAAAUGAAGUUUUAUCCAUAAAUCUGUUGUACAUAUCCUUCAACUUCUACAAACUUUAAAUAUUGUAGACUAAACUUUCAUUCCUUUAAAAUAUUUGAUAAGUAUUACCUUUAUAGGCCAAACCAAGAUCUCCUGACUAGUAUAACUAAUACAUUUUAGGUUCUUUAUUGAAAUAUAAGAAUUAUACAAUCUCUUUAUUUUUUUUCCACUUUUCGUUAUUGAAGAGUGAAUUUAAAAUUUAUUUAUAACAUAUUGUUCGUUUUUUCAACGAGAAGUAGUUUAAACUUUUAACUUUUAAACUUUAACUUGCAUCUACCGUUUUAUUUCAGUAACAAUUAUAUUUCGCCGAAAUUUUGAAAUAUGUUGAAAAUAAAGUUUUUUUUAUACACA